CAAACCAAAAGGAGAGGGGUAGUAAGGAAUGGAAGGUUAAAAGUGUAAAAGUACCAUAUAAUUGUUGCUGCAAAAUCAGGGUUGAAAAUUAAACAAAACAAGAACUGAAAAAGCGUUGCUAGGGGUUCGCUAAUCGCUAUUGCUUCGCCGGCGUUGUUCGAUCUAGGAUCUUCAGGGAGAAAGGAAAAGAAAUGGUUAGAGGAUUGCUGGGAAAACUCGCUAGUCGGUCUCUCUCCGCGGCCGGAAAAUGGCAGCAGCAGCAGCUCCGCCGCCUCAACAUCCACGAGUAUCAGGGAGCUGAAUUAAUGAGCAAGCAUGGAGUCAAUGUUCCAAAAGGCGUGGCAGUUGGUUCUGUUGAUGAAGUCAGGAAGGUGUUGCAAGAAGUAUUCCCCAACCAGAGUGAGGUGGUGGUGAAGUCACAAAUCCUUGCUGGUGGACGAGGGCUAGGAACUUUUAAGAGUGGCCUCCAGGGUGGUGUUCAUAUAGUGAAGGCUGAUCAGGUUGAGGACAUAGCUGGGAAAAUGCUUGGCCAGAUACUUGUUACUAAACAAACUGGGCCUCAAGGAAAAGUUGUCAGCAAGGUUUAUUUGUGCGAGAAGUUGUCCCUUGUCAAUGAGAUGUACUUUGCCAUUACUCUUGAUCGUAAAUCUGCUGGUCCUCUUAUUAUUGCCUGUAAGAAGGGAGGAACCAGUAUCGAAGAUCUGGCAGAGAGUCAUCCAGAACUGAUUGUAAAGGUACCUAUUGACGUUUUCACUGGAAUUACCGAUGAGGAUGCUGCAAAGGUAGUUGAUGGAUUGUCUCCGAAGGUGGCUGAUAGGAAUGCUUGUAUUGAACAAGUCAAAAAGUUAUAUGAACUUUUCUGCAAAUGUGACUGCACAUUGUUGGAGAUCAAUCCUAUUGCUGAGACUUCUGAUAAGCAGUUGGUAGCUGCUGAUGCAAAACUCAACUUUGAUGAUAAUGCUGCUUUCCGGCAGAAAGAAAUAUUUGCUCUUAGGGAUCCAACACAAGAGGACCCCCGUGAGGUUGCUGCAGCAAAGGCUGACCUGAAUUACAUUGGUUUAGAUGGAGAAAUCGGUUGUAUGGUAAAUGGUGCUGGGUUGGCCAUGGCUACAAUGGAUAUAAUCAAGUUACACGGGGGAACUCCAGCCAAUUUUCUUGAUGUUGGUGGAAAUGCUUCUGAAGGCCAGGUUGUGGAGGCUUUCAAAAUUUUGACUUCAGAUGAGAAAGUUAAGGCUAUUCUUGUGAAUAUAUUUGGAGGAAUAAUGAAGUGCGAUGUAAUAGCCAGUGGAAUUGUCAAUGCUGCUAAACAGGUUCAACUGAAAGUACCUGUGGUUGUUCGUCUUGAAGGCACAAACGUUGACCAGGGAAAAAGAAUCCUAAAGGAAAGUGGUAUGGCACUAAUCACUGCCGAAGAUCUAGAUGAUGCAGCUGAGAAAGCAGUAAAAGCCUUGUCAAGCUGAAACAUCUUAUCAUCUAGUUCAGCCUAAAUUGCUGGAGACCGCUUCUUCCCUUGCUUUUCCAGGGUAAAGUCUAUACAUGAAGGAGAGUUCUACCUUUCUUGAUUUCAUAUAAAAGGAAGGCAUUCGUAUAUGUUUUGGUUUGUUCUUGUUACCAGUGAUUUUUUCUACCAUAAAGCACCCAGCGUUGUUCAAUUUAUGAAAGCUGCAGAAACAAUUUUCUUUU